CUAAGCGAUGAAUGUCCAUCUCUUUAUAGGUCCAUGGGUGGAAGAAAGUCCCCGUUCAGUGAGAAGCUUCGCACCGUUUCGCAUCGCGAACAAUAGAUUUCUUUCGAAAAUCUUCCAACCGUGGAUUCCAUUUAAAGAUUGCUUAUAUUUGAGGUGUGUCUCCGUGUCCGGAUGACGAUAAGGCCGCAUACUACAAUAACAUCUUCAAGCAGAAUGAAGCGUCUUAUGGGACUUGCUCUGGUUGCAUUGAUUUUAGUGGCUGCUUUGCUAGAUGAUGCAGAUGCCACAACCAACCGUCGUCGUCCCACUUCUCUCAAUCGUCGACGUGAACCCAUGACAACUCGACGUUCUGACACGACUUCAACUCGUCGUAGGCCACAAUCUACAAGGAGGAGAUAUAACUCUGAUGAAUCUACAGAGGAGGACAUUAUGGUCAUCAACCAAGAAAUAGAUCCUCUCAAGAUGGAGAAAGAAGGUAGACUUCUCUUCGAUGCACUACCAAACAACAUGACCAAGACGCACUAAAAGCAUUAUGAUAUCGCGUGGUACAUGAAUUUCCAUGUCUAUACAAGUGAUGGUUUCUUCAAACCCGUUUGAAGAUCAUUAAAACAAUAUAUUAAAUACCA